CGCCCACCUGGUCUACCUCCCCGGUCCCGGGGAGGUCUCUGUUACAGCCGGUUUGCAGCGGGAUUAGAGGCUCUUGGCCUCAGUCUGUAGCCAGAGCUGCGGUUUCUGUAGUGAUGGGGCCGACUCGGGAGACCCAUUGGCUGCCGGCUAUGUGAAUUUCAUUCAAUCUGGCCCAAUAGCAGAGGGACAGCGCCGGAGACAGCAGGACCCGGCUCUUGAAUCUCUCUUUUUCUGGCGGACCGGUCUCUCUGCCGUCUCUUGCUCGCAGCAGAGAGCUCUCAUUUAGCCCUGGCUCUCGGCCCUUCCUCUUCGGCUGUGAUGUGUUUUCUUCCCGGCCACAGACCAUUGACGACAAAAGCAACGAAUUUUCUCCACACGGCGAUGUCGGGGGCCCUCACAUUCCUUCGGAUGAGCAAAUCUAGCCUGGGCUAAAUACGUCCUCCUGAAUCAGAGCCCCGCUUCGGGUUCCCUAGAAAAAUCUGGAUGUGUAAAAAGAAGUGUUACCGCCGAUGCAACCUUUUCGCUGAUGAGUUGAUGAGCCCUGAGGUUGAUGCCAUAUCUUUGUGACUGAGGAUUGUGCUGCAAUCAACAUGGCAGUGCAGGUGUCCUUUGGAUGUAAUCACUUCUUCCCUUUUGGGCAGACACCGAGUACCUUCUUGACCGACCACCCAGGGAGCGUUGGAAUGGCUCUGUGUACCUCUCUGAACCCCCAAGUCUUCAGUUGGAAUGACGCAAUUAUACGGAGAGGCUCAUUUGAAACGUUACCGUAGUGUGGAAUAAAUCGUUCUUAGCUUCCACAUCUGAUAUCCCUCGGAAGGGGACAAUGUGCUGAAAUGGAAAGAAAAACCCAGUAGAUUUCCAUGGAGCAUGUUUAAAGGCAGCAUCGCAGAGCCAUGAUCUAAAGUUCUGCCGCUGUUUUCCAGACACGUGCUUCCAAGGCUAGUUACCCCGCGGUAAACUCUCCUAGUCGGCAUUGCAUUUGAACAUUUUAAUCUUCAUUUGUAUUUUGUGGUAGCAUUCUAAGAAAGAUUUAGGCUGCCUCGGAGAUUUCCUAAGGAAUCCUGGUCCGGGAGGCGUUGGUGGACACCGCUUCCUGGCUGGAAUCCGGUUUCAGGAUUAAAGGAGGGGUGCCUUGUCAUGAUGGGACCCACCGUGCUCGUCAGUAACACUGGCCUCUGUCUGUGUUCAGCCUGAGGGUCUCUCCUGGGUCUUCUGCUCUCCCUGGGUGUGCCCCACAGCUUUGUCCCCUUGGAGUCCUGGCACCUGUGGGACGGCUGCAGAUGCGGGCAUGAACCAUGUCGAGUCCCAGGGGACUGCUAUGGCUACCCCUGUUCUUUACCCCGGUUUGCAUCAUGUUAAACUGCAAUGUUCUCCUGUGGAUAACUGCUCUGGCCAUCAAGUUCACCCUCAUUGACAGCCAAGCCCAGUACCCCGUUGUCAACACCAAUUAUGGCAAAAUCCGGGGCUUAAGAACACCCUUGCCGAAUGAGAUUUUGGGUCCGGUGGAGCAAUACUUGGGGGUCCCUUACGCCUCGCCUCCCACUGGAGAAAGGCGUUUUCAGCCCCCGGAGCCCCCUUCCUCGUGGACCGGGGUGCGAAACGCAACCCAGUUUGCGGCCGUCUGCCCCCAGCACCUGGACGAGAGGUCUUUACUGCACGACAUGCUCCCUGUGUGGUUUACUGCCAAUUUGGAUACUCUGAUGACCUACGUUCAAGAUCAAAACGAGGACUGCCUUUAUCUAAACAUUUACGUGCCCACGGAAGACGAUAUCCAUGAUCAGAACAGUAAGAAGCCAGUAAUGGUUUAUAUCCAUGGUGGAUCUUACAUGGAGGGCACGGGGAAUAUGAUUGAUGGAAGCAUUUUGGCCAGCUAUGGGAAUGUCAUUGUCAUCACCAUUAACUACAGACUGGGAAUCUUAGGCUUCUUAAGUACCGGUGACCAGGCAGCAAAAGGUAACUACGGGCUUCUGGACCAGAUCCAGGCUUUGCGGUGGAUUGAGGAGAAUGUCGGGGCCUUCGGCGGGGACCCCAAGAGAGUGACCAUCUUUGGCUCUGGGGCCGGGGCGUCCUGUGUCAGCCUGCUGACCUUGUCACACUAUUCAGAAGGGCUGUUCCAGAAGGCUAUCAUCCAGAGUGGCACCGCCCUGUCCAGCUGGGCCGUCAACUACCAGCCUGCCAAGUACACUCGCAUAUUGGCAGACAAAGUGGGCUGUAACAUGCUGGACACCACAGACAUGGUCGAAUGCCUUCGGAAUAAGAACUACAAAGAGCUCAUUCAGCAGACCAUCACCCCGGCCAUGUACCACAUCGCCUUCGGCCCCGUGAUUGACGGGGAUGUCAUCCCCGACGACCCUCAGAUCCUCAUGGAGCAGGGGGAGUUUCUCAACUACGACAUCAUGCUCGGAGUUAACCAGGGGGAAGGCCUGAAGUUCGUGGACGGCAUCGUGGAUAACGAGGACGGAGUGACGCCCAACGACUUUGACUUCUCCGUGUCCAACUUUGUGGACAACCUCUACGGGUACCCCGAAGGGAAAGACACCUUGAGGGAAACCAUUAAGUUCAUGUACACAGACUGGGCGGACAAAGAGAACCCAGAGACCAGGCGGAAAACCCUGGUGGCUCUGUUCACCGACCACCAGUGGGUGGCCCCUGCUGUGGCCACCGCUGACCUGCACGCCCAGUACGGCUCGCCCACCUAUUUCUAUGCCUUCUACCAUCACUGCCAGAGUGAAAUGAAGCCCAGCUGGGCAGACUCAGCCCAUGGGGAUGAAGUGCCCUAUGUUUUCGGCAUCCCCAUGAUUGGUCCAACCGAGCUCUUUAGCUGUAACUUCUCCAAGAAUGACGUAAUGCUCAGUGCUGUGGUCAUGACCUACUGGACCAAUUUCGCCAAAACUGGCGAUCCUAACCAACCAGUCCCCCAGGACACCAAGUUCAUCCACACGAAGCCCAACCGCUUCGAGGAAGUGGCCUGGUCCAAGUACAACCCCAAGGACCAGCUGUACCUGCACAUCGGCCUGAAGCCCCGGGUGCGCGACCACUACCGGGCCACCAAGGUGGCCUUCUGGCUGGAGCUGGUCCCGCACCUGCACAACCUGAACGAGAUCUUCCAGUACGUGUCCACCACCACCAAGGUGCCCCCGCCCGACAUGACCUCCUUCCCCUACGGGACGCGCCGCUCGCCCACCAAGAUCUGGCCCACCACCAAGCGCCCGGCCAUCACGCCCGCCAACAACCCCAAGCACGCCAAGGACCCGCACAAGACCGGCGGCCCCGAGGACACCACGGUGCUCAUUGAGACCAAGCGGGAUUACUCCACCGAGCUGAGCGUCACCAUCGCCGUGGGCGCGUCCCUGCUGUUCCUCAACAUCCUGGCCUUCGCCGCGCUUUACUACAAGAAGGACAAGCGGCGACACCAGACGCACCGGCGCCCCAGCCCGCAGCGCAACACCACCAACGACAUUGCGCACGUCCAGAACGAGGAGAUCUUGUCGCUGCAGAUGAAACAGCUGGACCACGGGUGCGAGUCACUGCAGGCCCACGACACGCUGCGGCUCACCUGCCCCCCGGACUACACGCUCACGCUGCGCAGGUCCCCGGACGACAUCCCUCUCAUGACGCCCAACACCAUCACCAUGAUCCCCAACACGCUCACGGGCAUGCAGCCUUUGCACACCUUCAACACCUUCAGUGGGGGGCAGAACACCACGAAUUUACCCCACGGACACUCCACCACCCGAGUAUAGCUUUGCCCUCCACGUCCCUCCCCUGCCUAGGAGACUGAACCAGGCGCAGACAGAGAAGGAACGUCUCCAAACUAGGAAUGGCUGGGCGUCCCACAUAGGACUCAAGGCAGAAGGACAGUCCCCCCGUCCCGUUGGCUCUUCCCGGUAGGACCACCCACCUCGACUUCUGACCCUAUGAAAUGUGAAAAUAGUCAUUUCUGUUACAAAUCCCGCUUUAAGGAGCAUCCUCACCUGUCCACCAGACGCCCCAGCGCGACCAGGCCACGGCCUGUCCCCAGGACCUGGCUAUUUCCAACGUCACCGUAGCAGCUGACAUUUCGGAACCUCAGCCAGGGACACUUCAUAUUUUUUAAUUGUAAUUGGGGGAAAGCAAACAAACGUACAAACAAACCAAGUUUCUUUAUGUGCCAUACGAUAGAUGGCUUUACGCAAGCAGAGAACAAGUGUGUGGAGUUUCACCCAGCAUAGGGGGCUGACAUCCAGAGAGAAUAACCGGUAGCAUUUUAUGAUUCAAAUAAAAGUAUGGAUUCUACGCAGUGGAAUUCGUACGGUUCUGUGCAAAGACACGCUUUGCCAGCCUGAAACUCUAUUUAAGAAACUUUGUAAAAAAAUAAAAUAAAAAUAAAAAUGUAUAUAGCUGUGAGUUUCAACAGACAACAACAACAAAAAGUCCCACCCACACAAAGAAAAAGAAAAAAGAAAAAAAAGAAAAAAAGCUUUUAUUGGUGUUUUUCAGUUUGAAAGAGCUUUUAGCAAGGUUGUGCUUUUGUUACGCUCUGUCUGUAUAUAAGUAUAUAAAUAUAUAUACACACAUUCACAUUAGUCAUAUCUCCUGUUUCCUGACCAACGACAAGAAAAAAAAAAAAAAAAGGCUGUUCUUCUUAAUUACUUGUGUUUGACAAAGACAACGGGAUUUUCAUUUUGUAGACAGAUAUGUUAACGUCGGGAAGCCCUGGACCGUCUGGUGUGUCCUGCCUCAUGGCUCCUUUUCUGGUGACACAGGUGCAUGAGGCAGUCUUGUUAGGAGACUGUUGUUUUGGGAAGUUUUUAUUUUCGGGGCAACACUAAGAUGGGUCCCCCAAGGCGGAAUGUAUUUAAAACACAGCAAAUUAGACCACACACACUUCCACACACACACACUGACAGCAGGGAGGAAAAAAAAAAAAUACAAGUCUCGUUCUGUCAUUUUUGGCCCUUUUGAAUAUGGUGAGGAAGAAAUGCUUCCCGCCCCAGGCCCCUGCCAGGAAGGGAAGAAAGCUUGCCUUUGGCAGGGCCGGGCCCCUCCGAGUAAAUACGGCCUGUGUUUCAGCACAGCUGCAGAGAGGACUCGGCUUCUUCAGAACCUGCUCAGCUUAGCUAAUCAGACUAGAGGAGGGCAUGUGUCUGACCUUUUUUUAUUAAAGCACGAAGUCCCUGAUUUAUCUGUAAGUGAAGGCUUUUUUUUUUUUUUAAUUCUCUUAUAUCAUUUACGGGAUAAAACAUGUGCUCGUCUGAAAACAUUACUUUUUGUGGCUUUGUGAAGCAGUCACCAAUGACAAAAGGACGGAAUAUUAGCCAUGCUUUGCAUGGGUUUCCUGGGAAAUUAAGGGCUGCUUCACCGUCAAACACUAGGUGGAAAUUAUUCAUCCAUUUCAAAUUGGUGACCCGAGGGUCAGAGAUUUGUCUCUCUCCAACUGCUUUUCAUUUUGUCACCGCCCUUUUAAAUUCCAUCCGGGAAUAUGUUGUGUGUUACGUGGUGGAAGGGAAUGCUAUGGUAGUGGUUAUUUUCUGGUUUGCCUUUCAAAAGUUACUACACCACCCAGAAAUAGUAGCCAAAGAUAUCAGAUGACAAUGUCCUCAGCCUUGAUGAGGGCUGUUGCAGACGUCCAGUUUUAAACGUCCCUGCAAAGGUGAGCGUUCUCCCUGAAGAUGGGACAGCUACCUCACCUCUUUGCAAUAACCACCUUUGAUUACUGAAUGCCCCCCCACUAAAACGCUAGCGAUAUAAUCAGUGUUUGGCGAUGACCUCUAGAGAAAAGAGAGUUCUCAGAAAUGCAUCAAAAUCACCUCCUCCCCCAACUCUCCCCUCCUCCCCCCCCCCAAAAAUCUUGUUGCUUAUCUUGGUUUAAAUUCCAGAGCGAUUCUCUGUAUAUAAAUAUGUGAAAUAUUCUGAUCUCAACUUAGCACACAGGAAACAACACUUCUUUCCUGCAGUGAGGUGUCAUGGAUAAGCUUUAGUUCCCAGCUCAUCAUUUUCUAUAGCUCUUAUCAGGCCAUUUCUGCAAGCUUUGUGCGUGACAGUCACAGGCCCCAUCACAAAAUCGGCUGUCCAAACUACAGAGGAGGUGAUGUUUAGCAUCUAUGUCCUUUUGGUAUGUUUGUAACGUGAAUUCUGGUAUUUGUUCUGUACCCAUCUCUAUCUCUAGUUGUCUUCUGCUAGCAAUAUGUACAGUACCACGUCAGGCUUGUGACGUUUGGACAAGGAAAAAAAAGUUUCUGUUAGGUCAAUAGCUUUCACAGAGGAUUAUGGUCAAAAGCAAUUUAAUACAUCUUAAAUGAUAUCUUGUUUCUACAUGGAAAGAUGUUAUAGAAUCUUCAUAGAGUUCUAUGAAAAAAACAAAAAACCCUAGACUUGCUAUCUAUAAAAAAAGAGGAAAAAUAAGAAGAAAAAAAAAAAAACGUUCCUAUGCUUUUCCCCUUGAUCUUCAAAGGCACGCAGGGUUUAAUGGUUCCUUGGGUUAUUAUUUUGCAAUUUUGUUUUUGAUUUUGCCUUAAGUAAUGAUAGAAGAUCUAUAUGGCCGGACACAUAUGUAUAAACUUUUAAGCAGCAUUUUUAAUAAUAAAAUAUCACAGUAUUUU